ACAUCUAACCCUACAUUUCGCUUUACCAUGCACUCCUAUACCCGCCCCGAUGCGACCACCCCUGUCAAGAUCCCACAGACACAAACAGCUGCCGUGGUGCCCGUACUGGGAGCAAAGCCAGAAAUCCGCAAUGAUGUCCCCGUGAGGCAACCUUCGCAGCUUGCUCCUGGAGAGUGCCUCGUAAAGAUCAUCUGCACAGGCGUCUGCCACACAGACCUGCACGCAUGCCGCGGUGAUUGGCCAAUUAAGCCUGUGACGCCGCUCAUAGGAGGCCACGAAGGAGUUGGCACCAUCGUUGCGAUUGGCGCCCAUACCAAGGACUCUCCAGUAAAAGUUGGUCAGCGCGUAGGAAUCAAAUGGCUGGCCAAUUCGUGCCUUAACUGCGAGCAGUGUCGCACCGGACUUGAGCAAUGUUGUCGCCAGGCAAAAUGCAGUGGUCUAACGGUUGACGGGACCUUCUCUCAAUACGCGGUAUCUUGGGUUCAACAUGUUACUCCGAUUCCCGAGCCCCUUGACAGCCAGGCCGCAGCGUCCAUCCUUUGCGCUUGUACCGAGCCCUCAAGUACAGCUGGUGCCAGGAUUGGCAACUGGGUUGUCCUUCCAGGGGCAGGUGGUGGAUUGGGCCACCUCGCGGUGCAGUACGCAGUCGCCAUGGGUAUGCGUGUCGUUGCAAUUGACACUGGUGCUGAAAAGAAGAAUUUGUGCAUGACACUUGGAGCCGAAAAGUGGAUUGACUUCAAAGAGACGCAGGAUAUCGUAGGGGCGCAUUGCGCCGUCGUGACAACUGCCACGAGCGCCGGCUAUGCACAAGCUAUUGACUACUUGCGACCUGGAGGCUCCUUGAUGGCAGUGGGACUUCCUGGGUGUGCGAAGCUUGAAAGCUCUAUUUUCUGGACGGUGGUGAAGAACAUCUCGAUAUUAGGCUCGUAUGUCGGGAACAGGCAGGAUGCGGUUGAAGCACUCGAAAUCGCAGCAGCAGGUAAAGUUGUGGUGAAGUACCAGUUGAGAAGUCUUUCGCAGUUGGAGGAAGUCUAUGAUGGCUUGGCGGAGGGAAAAAUCGCUGGAAGAAUUGUUUUGGAAGUGACCCAGUGAAUCCGAAGCAUGAGUGGGGCCCAACGUUGUAACUGUAUUUCUGAAUGUUUCCAAAUGUCUCCUGCCUCCUGUACUCGAGAUCGUCGUUAUGAGCCGCAUCGACUGCAUUCCACUCCGGCUUGAAACAUUCUCUACUGUAUCCUGGAUAAGAACGAGGAAUGGAGCAGGUCUGACUUGU